AUGAAGUUGCUGGGCACAUCGGGCUUCCUAGGAUUUGAUCUUGGAAUCCAGCUUGUGGCCUCCUUUGCCAGUCCCUCCUUCGAUAUCAUCAGGAAUGCCGGAACGUCGGCGUUUGCAUGGGAGAUUGAGAUCUGGGCAGUUCUUGCACCGGAUACAGAGAUUCAAGGGCACCGGCCCUUGCAACAGCAAAGCUGUAUGCGCAAGGGGGCCUUUCCCUCGCCAUCACCUCUACGUGCGCAUGUCGGCUCGGGAGGGGAGAUGGAUGUGGUUGUGGCUGUGGUGGGGGCGCUCUCCCGCUUCUCACGACAAACCAAGAUGGUCAAGGUGCUUCUGCACGCCGGCGCCAAGAUAGAAGCCAAGGACAAGGACGGCAGGACGCCGCUCCACACGGCCGCAAGCCGAGGACAAACCAAGACGGUCAAGGUGCUUUUGGACGCCGGCGCCAAUAAAGAAGCCAAGGACCAGGACGACCAAACUCCGCUCCAGGCAGCGCACUUUCAGCACGAGACCAUCAGAGUGCUUGUGGACGCCGGUGCCAAAGUCAAUGCGUCGGACCCGCCUUUACAGGCUGAGGAGUAUCCGCUGAUUUUCGGUAGCAGUCCGUUCUCCAACAUCAAGUGCGUGCGGCCGCCUGGAAAUCUCACUUGCCCGACAGAGGUUUCUCAGGCCGAUGGCCCAGACGGCUCCAAGCAUACGUUUAAAGUCUUCUUUGACAGAGAUGGAUUGAUUUGCUCGACUAGCUUGGAUCCUUGGAAAGUGAAUCUUGUGGUUCGUUGCAAGCAGGCACCGCAUGCGGUCCUGUCGUCGAAGGACCUCCGAGUGGCGGCAAGUCAUGGCGACACGGCCAGGGUCAAGGAGUUGCUCGCCCAGGGUGCCGAUCCCAAUGACAAGGACCAGUACGGCUGGACUUCGCUCCGCUGGGCCACAUACACAAAGCACCCCGAGACGGCCAAGGUGCUUGUGGAUGCUGGUGCCGACGUCAAUUCCCAGGCACUGCCGGGCAGCCCAGAACCCCGUAUGCAGCUUGCUAUCGGCAGCAGCCUACACUCUCCCACGAAAUGCGCUCCAAACCCUUUCAAUCUGACCUGUGAUGACGAAGCACAAAUGGGAAGGGGAAAGUGGCCAGAGACGUUCCAAGUGUAUCAAGACGGAGACCAGGUCUGUGCACAUCGUAUAGACUUCGAGAAGCCGUGGGGAGUUCACUUGGUGCUGCACUGCCGCCUUCGUGGACAGAAGCCAGAUGCCUGGACGCACGCGGAAAGCCACAGAUCCUUUCGAACGGUCACACAAGGGCCUGAGGCUUUGGCCGAGCUGGUGAUCGGUAGCAAUCUGGAGUCCGACAUCAAAUGCGUCCGGCCAAGUGCAAAGCUCUCUUGCCCGACGCACAUUUCUCAGGCAGCACGUGGCUUUACGUUUAACGUCCACGAGGACGACCAAGGAAGGAUUUGUGCAAAGCGUACCGAUACCUCAUCUCCUUGGGGUAUGCAUCUGGUGAUUUCUUGCACAAUUGUGAAGGCUGGACAUUGGAGGACAGCAACACACGAGGGCCCGCGCAAGUUCACGGACUCUUAUGAGUUUGUAGUUGGCAGCAGUUGGUCUUCUUCGACCAAGUGCGUGGAUGAUCCGGGACACAUCUACUGCGAUGACAAAUCCUUUGCCGCUACUUCUUGGGUCACAGAGAGGUUCCAUGUCUACCACGAGAAGAGCAAGAUCUGCGCUCGUCGGACAGACAGCGAUAAUCCUUGGAGUCUUCACGUGGUCCUGCAGUGCUUGCCCGUAGCCAAGGCAUGGCAGAAACGCGUCGACAGAGUCUACGGCGAAACUCCACUGCACGAUGCUGCAGUCCAAGGAUCAACCGAGACGGCCAAGGUGCUUCUGGGCGCAGGCGCUGAUGUCCACGCCAAGGAGAAGUACGGCAAAACUCCACUCCACGACGCUGCGUACGCCGGACACCCCGAAACUGCCAAGGUGCUUGUGGACGCCGGUGCCGAUGUCCAUGCCCAGGACUUCUUCGGCAAUACUGCGCUCCACGAUGCUGCACUCCAAGGACAAACCGAGACGGCCAAGGUGCUUUUGGCCGCAGGCGCCGAUGUCGAUGCCAAGGAUGUAUACGGCGACACUCCGCUCCGCGAGGCUGCGUGGAAAGGACACCCCGAAGUGGCCAAGGUGCUUGUGGACGCUGGUGCCGACGUCGACGCCAAGGAUAAGAACGGUGAAGCUGCACUCCACAAGACCGUGAAGAUGCUCAUAGACAAGGGCGCCGACGUCCACACCAAGGAUUGGCGCAACGAAACUUUGAUGCACUGGGCGAUAUCAGGAGCACAUCAUGGCACCGUCAAGAUGCUCGUAGACGCCGGAGCUGUCAACACCGAGGACUUCAAAGAUGCGGUGGGCAAGCUUGGCUGCCUGGAAGGGCUCACUCUAGCCUGGAUCAAGCAGGGCGGCCGCCUUGACAACUUGCCUCCGGAUGCCAACACGGCACGCAACUGCGCGUUGCGCUCGAUGAGCUACGUGCACAAGCUGCAAUCGGCCUUUUGCCAUUGGCAGACAUACGCUUGGACUGCAGGCGCGCUGGCCGCGGCCUUGCUCGCCGUGGCCGUCGAGGGCCGCUACGUUCGUGCAGCCUGGGCUGGGUACCGCAGAGUCGAAGACGCAGGGGCUGGAGCCGAGCACUUCCUUCGUGGUGCCAGGCUACUGGUGGCAAAGGCGAGGACGCGCUACAAAGGCCUCAAGCUUGCCAUGCGCGCCAUGGAAGUUGCAGCGAACGGCUGCCUGAUAAUCGGAGCCGGCAUGAUCGUUGUUUGGUGGCCGUACUGGCUUCCGGCGUGUCUCAUGGUCUUCGGAUGCAGAGCUUGGUACCAUCACGGCCUGCAGCCUUUGCUGCAGGCACCCAUCCUGAGCAUUGCCAGAACAAGCGGCCGGAGCGCCAUUGCGCUCUUGCAGCUCACGGUUCUUGGCGGCCUUGUGGUUUUCAUGAUGUGGUGGCCACGGGACAAUGUAGCGUACCACGUGAACUGGGCCAGGAAUCCGCUGGAAAGAGACAUCCACCAGACCCUGUCCACUGUUUGGCCGCAGCAAAAUUUGGCCAUCGACUUCCGGGCCACGCACCCUCCACAAACUCCAACAAGCUGGCUCCAAGCACCGUGGCUCUACGCCAUGACCAUCCGGACCAUCGCAGAGUACUGUCUGUACACCCUGUUGGCCUUCAUGGCCAUCUACGUGGUCUGCCUGGUGGUACUCAGUUGCCACGACGCAUGCUGUGCGGCACCGAAGACUUCGGACAUAGAGCAUGGCAGCCGACACCUGCUGGUUGAGGGCUUCGAUGACAAAGCCCUGCUAACGGACCUCCCCAGGCUGAGAAAAGAAACGUGGCUGCCACGAGGCAUCACCGAGCUCUUCGAUGCGAUCCUGGUGAAGCUCCUCUUCAUUUCCUUGGACUUGCUUCUGGACUUCAAUACUAUCUUGAGCCUUCUCAUGUCGAGGAACUACAAGUUCGCCGGCUCCCUGACCUUCGUUGUGGCUCGCAGCACAUUCAAGCAGCUCGAGAACUUGGGCGGAUUCAGGGAGGCGUUGAAUGAGAGCCUCGAGCGUGGGAUUCUGCACGAACAGGUGCUUCAAAUCUUCGACGAGGAGAAGGGUUCCGAGGCCUUCUUCAGCCUCAUCAUCACGUCCUACAGCUACGUGUUCUGUGUGCAAACGGCAACACAGGCCAUUUUGCAAGGUUUCAGCAUUGUUUUAAGUAUAUACGGCCUCGCGGUGUUCUUGGUGGAGAGAUUGGAUCUCGACUUUGAGCCGCCAGAGGGCCCUGAGGAGUCCCCUGUUUCGCCGCACACAACUUUGUUGCAGUCUCGCGGCCCGGGCACGAAACCCCAGACCCACGACCCGGACCCCGAAGCUGCUCCGGGAGCUUAG